AUGUUGAAUAUAUCAAUAGGGAAUGACUUAAAGGAUUCUUAUACGGAAACCCGUAAAUGGGUUAUUGGUAACACGAAAUGGUUACAAGAUAUAUCCUCAUUUUAUCGUGAAAGAGCUAAAAUAGAGAAGGAAUAUGGAGAUAAACUAUCUAUCUUGACUAAGGACUUCUUUACUAAAAAGACGAACGCAACUGUGAUACUUUCUGUCGGUGAAACUCCUACCGUAACGCCCGGAUCAUUAGAAGCAGCUUCACAGGUUGCAUGGAACGAAGUUCUUACUCAAACUGAAUCUAUCUCGAAAGACCAUAAAAAGCUUGCUAAGGAGUUUCAAACUCAGGUUGCAGAGCACUUAACUGCGUUGGAAAAACGGUGCGACCAAAUGCUUGCAACUAUCGAUGCGUUUAACCAUGAACUUGUGAACAAGCGUGAUUACGCAUAUAGUUGCUUAGAGAAGUCGAAGAAGAAGUAUGACGAUAGUUGUCAAGCUAUGGAGGCUGCUCGAGCAAAGCAUACCAAGGCAGGUUCAUCUGGGAAGGCGCAGAAGAAAGUCGAGGCGCGGGAGCACGAGAUGAAUAUUGCCAAGAACGAUUACUUGAUCCAAAUUAACCAGGCUAAUAGACUUAAGGAUAAAUAUUACUUUCAAGAUGUUCCAGAGGCGCUGGACUUGUUACAAGAUUUGAAUGAGUCGAGGAUACGGGUUUUGAACACUAUUUGGAAGAAGGCGGGCACCUUGGAGAGAGAGAUGCACAAAAAGGUCGACAAGAAAUUAGACAAUAUAGAUGCGGUGGUAACCCAGAACUUUCCUCAUUUGGACACCUCAAUGUUCAUUAAGCAUAAUUUUAGAGAGUGGAAGGAGCCUGAUGACUUCGUGUUUGUACCUUCCUCUGUAUGGCAUGACGACGAUAACUUUGUACUGUCUUCCGAUAUUGAACUACACGACUUGAAGAUUAGGUUAGCCAAGGCACAGAAUUCUUAUAAUCGUUUGCAGCUUGUGGUGCAUGACGAGAUGGCCACGCUUACUCAGUUAAACAAGAAGAAGCAGGAGAUGAAGGGUAGCGACGCGGUAGACCCCUACGAGUUCCAGGAGUUGUUGAAGAAGUACUUGAGUACGGUUGCUUCCUUCACAACGCACGAAACCGCCAAGUUAGACGCCGAAGUGGAGAUGGAAACUAUCCAGAAUAACGUCGGAAAACAUCGGGACUUGAAUAUUGAGGGUAUCGAUCUCUCUAGGAAAUCGAAAAAGGCAGGAAUGGUCGGAAUGUUUAAGAGAAAUGGGGCCAACGGUAGGAAUUCAGGCGGUGGAGAUGAUGUAUCUGAGAUGUCCGUUGACGUGACAUCGAAGCUGUCUCCAAAACACCACUCAAUGCACAUCUUUAGGGGGAAACGUGGUCGUACCCAGAGCGCAGAAUCAUCUGCUAUGAACAGCUCAUCCAUAGAAGACGGCGCAUCACUCAUGUCCAUCACUAACGAUGAUGGACCUAAGAGUGGUAACCGUGUGCUAUAUCAGUACACAAGGCAAGAUGUAGAUGAGGUUACGGUUGCUCCAGGCCAUUCCAUCGUACUACUUCAGCAGGAUAACGGCUCGGGCUGGGUAAAGAUCAAGAAUGUUACGACUGGAUUUGAAGGCCUUGUCCCAGCUAGCUAUGUAGAGAUCAAAGGAAGCCCACAGCACAGUGCAAAACCACCUCCUAAGGCACCACCUCCAAGGAAAGGAAAGGAUCUUUCGGCAAAGGUUGUCACUGCCAUCUACGAUUACAGUGCACAGGAUAAUGAUGAAAUAAGCAUCCGUGCAGGCGAUGUCAUUAAGGUGUUGCAAAAUGACAUUGGCAACGGUUGGACUUAUGGUGAGAUUAAUGGUAAUAAAGGGUUGUUCCCUAGUGAGUAUUGUAACUGA